GCGAUGUUCCCCAAGGAGGCGACGUGGAACAUCUCGUUCGCGGGCUGCGGCUUCCUGGGCGUCUACCACAUCGGCGUGGCCUCCUGCCUCCGCGAGCACGCGCCCUUCCUGGUGGCCAACGCCACGCACAUCUACGGCGCCUCGGCCGGGGCGCUCACCGCCACGGCGCUGGUCACCGGCGCCUGCCUGGGCGAGGCAGGUGCCAACAUCAUCGAGGUGUCUAAGGAGGCCCGGAAGCGGUUCCUGGGUCCACUGCACCCCUCCUUCAACCUGGUAAAGACUAUCCGUGGCUGCCUGCUGAAGACCCUGCCUGCUGACAGCCAUGAGCGCGCCAGCGGGCGUCUGGGCAUCUCCCUGACCCGCGUCUCUGAUGGCGAGAACGUCAUUAUAUCCCACUUCAGCUCCAAGGACGAGCUCAUCCAGGCCAACGUCUGCAGUACCUUCAUCCCUGUGUACUGCGGCCUCAUCCCUCCACGCUAUGUUGAUGGCGGCAUCUCAGACAACCUGCCACUCUACGAGCUCAAGAACACCAUCACCGUGUCCCCCUUUUCGGGAGAGAGUGACAUCUGCCCACAGGACAGCUCCACCAACAUCCACGAGCUCCGGUUCACCAACACCAGCAUCCAGUUCAACCUGCGCAAUCUCUACCGCCUGUCCAAGGCCCUGUUCCCGCCCGAGCCCACGGUGCUGCGGGAGAUGUGCAAGCAGGGUUACAGGGACGGGCUGCGUUUUCUGAGGCGCAACGGCCUCCUGAACAGGCCCAACCCCCUGCUGGCGCUGCCCCCGGCCCGCCCCCGUGCCCCCGAGGAUGAGGAUGUGGAGGAGGCCCAGGGGGCCACAGAGAGGGCUCUAGCGGAGGGCCCCUUGAAGCCACCCCUGGAGGACCACAUCCUGGAACAUCUGCCUGCGAGGCUCAAUGAGGGUGUCCUGCCGGCCUGUGAUGUGGAGCCCCGGGAAUGCUGUGUGUGUGUGGGGAGGCGGGUGGGGCCUACAUGA